UCAGGUGACUGUCUGCAGACAGAACAUGGCUGACCUGUCAGAAGACCAAUGAGGGAAAGGCCAAAUUUUGCAUAAUCGAUCUUGUUUUUUUUCGUCGUUUCGGACCACACUUGAGCGUUGUGGACAGCGUUUGACCAGAGGUAUUCAAGAUGAGUGGGUUGCCUGAGGGAAUGGCAAAUGGCCCAAGCAGAAGUGAACACUUAGAGAAGGAUGGUCAAAUAUGGGAGAGACCAUGGAGUCUGGAAGAGAUGCGGCAGAACAGUGCCAACUGGUCCUUGGCAGCUGACUCAGGGCUCUUCCUCUUCCUCCAAGACUUCUCCCAGAGAAUGCUGUCAAAGACACAUGAGAUUGAAAAGCAGUUAGACAGUCUGAUCCGUGACACCAAGGCCACAGACAGCUGCUUGCACUCAGUCUUCAACGACUUUCUAAUGCUCUCAAAUACACAGUUUAUAGAAAAUAGAGUGUAUGAUGAAGAAGUAGAAGAGGCUAUUCCCAAGGCUGAUGCUUUGGAAAAGCAGCCUGAGCAGGAGAAGACUAGAGAACAAAAAGAGGCAGAGUUGAUCCCUAAGAUGCAGGAGGCUGUAAAUUAUGGGCUCAAAGUGCUGGAGUCAGCCUUUGAGCAUCUUGACAUCAAAGCAGGAAACUCUGACUCAGAGGACGAGGAGGUCACGGACAGAGUGGAAGCCAUCCUAGAGCCAAAGGAUCUUUAUGUGGACAGGCCACUUCCAUAUCUGAUUGGUUCUCAGGCCUUCAUGGAACAAGACGAUGUUGGACUUGGUGACCUGUCAAGUGAUGAAAUGUCAGUUGACAGUGACAGAGACAGUGUGAUUGAGAGUGAAGAUGGCAAAGAAGAAGUUCAUUCAGACGAUGACUUUAAUCAGGAGGAGGAUGAUGGCCACAAUAUUAUUAAAAAGAAGUCAUCCAUGAUGAGUUAUGAUGACGAUGAGGAAGAUGAGGAUGAAGAUUCCGACAUAUUUGGAGAAUCGGACAAGGAUGACGAUGACGACACAAAAAACACAGGUCCUUCAUCCUUUGCUGAUGAGCUCGCUGCCAGAAUCAAAGGUGAACCAGUUAACAAACCCGAUGGAGAUCGUGCAUCAUUGACAUCCAAGAAGAAAAGUAAAGGCAGAAAAGAACCAAAGCCUGCAAAACCACAGGCUGAAGAAGACAGCGAUGACAUGUUUAAGCCACCGAAGAUGGAUGACGAUGACUUCUCCCCAUUCGGAGGGAAAAGUGGCCUCUUCAGUGGUGGGAGAGGCCUGUUUGACGACGAUGAUGAUGGUGAUCUUUUCUCUGAGGCGCCAAAACCUGCCGUGCCUGAAGAGAAAAAAACACUGAACGAAAGCACAAAAAGCACAGCUCAAGCUGCAGAAUCUAGCAAACCUAGAAAGAAGAUUCCAGCUGGUGCCGUUUCAAUAUUUCCAGAUAACAGCCUGUUCAGUUCAGGGAAUGAAUCAGAUUCAGAAGAGCGCAAGGAGAAUGGGACUGCACCUCUUAAGACAAGUGCUGCCUCCAAACAGGUUCCUACAGGAGCAGCAGCUGGUGGAGGAGGAGGUGGGCUGUUUGAUGACGAUGAUGAGGAUGAUGACUUCUUCAGUGGUAAAAGCCUGAAAAAGUCUGACUCUGCUAAGCAGGAGAAACCCAAACCCAAGAAAGCUAUCGACCUUUUCGACGACGAUGAGGAUGGUGACAUAUUCAGCAAUAAGUACAGUGCACCAACUCCAGCUCAAAGCAAGAAGGAUGUAGUAGAAGAGCAGGUUAAACCACCUGAGAAAAAGAUGCCCGCAGGGGCCAUCUCCAUGUUCGGUCCUGGGACUAAAAGCUUGCUCAGUGAGGGCUUGAAAAAACGUCAGCCUUCUACCAGCGAGGAGUCUGAGAAAUCUGAAGAGAAUGGUCCUGCUCGUGAUGUUGGGAAAGCUGCUGUCAAGCAGACUCACAAACCCCAGACCAGAGGCCUCUUCUCUGAUGAUGAAGACUCACAGAUAUUUCCAACCACCCCUAAGGGCCCACCUAAACCUGAACCUACAAGCCAGGGCAAAUCCAGCAAAGCCCCUGUGUCUUUAUUUGAUGAUGAAGAAGAAGAGGAUCUGUUUGCAUCUGCAGAUAAGUCUAAACCAAAACCUAAUCAAGCUAAAGCCUCCACACCACAACCCAGUAAGGCUACAUCCAGCUCCCUCUUCAGUGAUGAUGAGGACCAAUGGUUAAGUUCAAAAAGUAGUGCAACAAAGCCAGAGACAAAGACAGGAGGGAUGAAACCCAGUGCCAGCGCCCCAUCAAGUCUCCCCAGUGCAAAAACAUCUCAAAAGAGCAGCCUCUUUGACGACAAUGAUGACGAUGACUUGUUUGCUCCAACAAAAGAGUCAAAUCAGAAGAAGCCUCAGAGAGUUGCUCUUUUGUUUGAAGAUGAGGGUGAUGAAGACAAAGGAUCCCUUUUUGGCAUUAAACCUGCUGUUAAAACAAACGCUGCAGCCCCAGCAAAAACAACUGAUGCACCCUCUCAGCCAUCCUCGCUGUUAGAGAAGCCUGAGGAGGUUACAGUUUCCCAGACAGCAGCCAAGGAGAAGCCAUCAGAACCAGAGAAACCAGCAGCAAAAACCCCCGAGCCACUCCCAGCAUCACCAUCGCCGGAGAGCAAAGAAAGUAAAAAGCCUGCUGGAGCAGUCAGUCUCUUUGGAGGCAUUAAUGUUCUUGCCAACAAGCAGACAAAGAGCCCAUUGGAUGAUGCAGACCAAGAUGACAUCUUCCUCUCUAAGGACAGCCCACCACCGUUUGUGAAGAAGGAGGAAAAGAAAGAAGAGAAAAUCAAAACAAACACUGUUAGUCUGUUUGACGAUGAGGAGGAAGAUGAAUCUGAUUGGAAUGAUCCGAUAUUCACGCCCAGUAAACCCACAGCAAAAAAGACACUAAAGCCUGCAGAUGAGCGACCGCAGGCAAAGAGCACAGGUGUGUUCCAGGACGAAGAGCUGCUGUUCAGUCAGACGCAGCAGAAGGACAAUGACCCAGAUGUUGACCUCUUUGCCACCUCAGGGAAAGCUGCAAGCUCCAAGCCCAGCUCAGUGAAGCCAGCUGCACACAGCCUGUUUGCAGAUGAUGAUGAGGAUGACCUCUUCAGCUCGGUCAAGCCAAAAGCUCCUCCUCCGAAAGUAGCAGAGAAAUCCAGUAAACCAAAUGACAGAGCACCACUAGCAAGUCCAGAACCUGUAUCUGAGACUCAGAAACCUGCACCAAGCCCUGUAAAACCUAAAGAUUCCUCAUCAAGGAUUGGGAAACUUCAAUCCAGUCUGAUGAUCAACCCUGCUGCGUUGCUCCCUGGUGCUGCAUCCAACAUGCCGGGGGCUGUAAGCGUACUGCCUGGCAUAGCUGCUAGUUCCUCCUCUGGGGUGUCCAGCUCCAGCCUGAGCCCCAGCCCUGCCACAACGCCUGUAGGAGCCCUGGCAGACAGUGAGGGAGCAGUGAGCUUUGACAGCCCCAUCCAGGUUACAACACUGCAGAGUGCACACAAGAGUCGUGCAAGAGGUUCUGCACAGCGGAGACCCCAGUCCAGAGCAGCGAGGCAGCAAGCAGCCCAAAGAUCCAUAGAGGAUAUAGAAGAGACCCAAGGUGGAGAUGUUCCAGGGCCAAACCCCAGUCCCUCUGGUUUAGUCUUGCCUCCACCAGACAAAUCCAGUCAUUCACGCACCAGUCCAUCACUACCUAACGCAGCUACACCUACAGCCCAGCCCACAUCGUCCCCUCCUCAGCCCUCACCAUCACAAGUCCCCCCAAGACCCUCUGAACUGACACAGCCAGUAUCGACAAACACCGGAAAGAAAGACUCUAGUAAGGACAGCAGCAAUAACAAAGUGCUGCCGUCCUCUGAUGAUGAUGAUCUUUUCGGCUCUGACAGUUUGUUUGGAGCAACGUCAAACACUACCACACCCUCCAGCAGACAGACUACCAAGACCACACCUCCUCAGGCCAGUAGCGCAGUGGGAUUGAAGAAGGACAAAGAUAAAAGCACACUUCCAUCUAUUUUUGAUGACAACACGGAUGACCUUUUCCAAAAGGUGAAGCCAAGGUCAACCACUAAGAAACCCAAGGCCUCGUCCUUUUUGGAAGAUGAUGAUGAUGAUGAGGACCUCUUUGGGCUGAGCAAUAGUUCCACUCCCACGUCCACAAGUAGUAAAGAAAUCAAGAACAGCAGCAGUUUUUCAAAGCAAGAUUUUUUUCAGGAUGAAGUCGCCACUGUGCCUAAAGUUCAUAAGAAGCACAAAGAGAAGACCAUUGAUGCCAGUUUGUUCGAUGACAACAUAGACAUUUUUGCUGACCUGACAGACACCAAACCAAAACACAAGUCCAAGACAAAGGGAGAGACCAAGUCAAUUUUUGAUGAUGACAUGGAUGACAUUUUCUCACCAAGCACAGUAAAACCAGUGGCAAAGGCUCCCCAAAAAUCAAAGAAAACGCCUCCACCCCAGGAGACCAGUACAGCAGCGGAUUCAAGCGACAUAUUUGAUGACCCACUUAAUGCUCUGGGCGGGAACUGAACUGUAGUUUUGGAUUAGCCAGAUUUGUACAAUUGUGGAUUAAUUCUUUUGUCAUUUGGAUCACUGAAAGAUAUCAGAUACACUGUUGAUAGAGUAUUUAUUCAUAGAAAUUCAUAUAAAUACUGUGGCUUAUUUUUGGCAGAUAAAGACCCAGAUAAAAUUAUCUCCCAACAGCAUUUCCAAAAUCAUCUUGGCAUCAUAGUUAUUAUAUAGUGUUAGACUUUAUUAUACAUGAUAGCACUUUAUGAGCAUACCGUAUGCUUAGCCUCAGAGCCUGCAGAAAUUAAACGGUAAAUUGUUUUGUUUAUUUUGUAUUCUUUGGCUUCGCCAUGUGAGAUUCCAUGUCUUUGGGUUUGUGCCAUAUCAUGUUCAUGAGAAAUCAAUAUGUUUACUUACUGUCUUAGUCCUUUUUGACAAUGUUUUUAUUAAGAGAUUCAUCCAUUUCUUAACUUCGGCUGUGAUGAAAAAGAAAAUUCAUUUUUAAUAACUAAACAGAAACAUAUUUUA